CGCAUAACGCUCGAAAAUUCGAAAGAGUGGUGGUAAUAACCGAUUGCAGGUCGGGUUGCCGAAUACCGCGGGCCGUUGAACGGGUUGCAGUUGCUGCAGGGCCGGCAUCGUGGUUGGCCUCUCGUUGCGCGCGAUUCGCGUGCCAGCUUCGCUCGAUACCCGCUGCGGCAAAACCAUCUGGUUCCGCUGGUAACAGACUGCUGUGUGGUGGGAGCAGCCUCUGUUUUAUUUCUGUCUCGGUGUCCGUCUGCACCGGGGGCCAACAGACGCAAUCGUGUGCAGUUUUCGCGUCGUUCGGUCACAGUGUCCGUGCACCAGUGUCCGACAUCGCGAUUAACGAUCCUUCACGAUCGUCCAUCCCGCCAUGGAGGACAGUUACACGGUGCACAGGCGACGCAAGGCGGCAGCGAGAAGGCGGGAAAAGACACCUGAUCCGUCGUCGAGGAACCAACAGCUGGUCGAGACCUCCGACGACGAGGAGGAAGCGAGACGCGCCAGAAUGAUACAGAUGGCGGAGGAUGCCGAGCGGUUGGAAUUGGACGAGGACGCAAAGGUUAGGAACGAACUGGAACCGAGGAUAGAGGAGAAAAAGAAGAGAAGUCCGUCGAAAGUCGUGGAACGUGAUACGUUACGAAAGAUGGACGAGAGUUCUCCUUCGAAAGAAUUGCAAACACGUGAAAGUGACGCUAAAGACGAGGCAAGUGCUCGGUCGAUAAAGAAGGAAGUGGUCAGUAAAGUUGAUAACGGAAAUCCAGUGAAAGAAGAGUCGACGGUUGUUGAGGUUAUCGUGAAGGAAAAAUACGAGGAUUGUGUAUCGAAAGAAGAAUCGGGAGUUAGCGAAGUUAUCGAAAAGGAGAAGUACAAAGAUGCUAUACCUAAAUCGAAAGAAAUUGACGGUGAUGUCGAUCAACCGGUUGAACCUAGGAAGGUGGAGAGAAGAUUGAAGAAAAAAUCGAGGGAACGAUUGGAGAGGCAUGGUCAGUCGAGUGAUUCCAGUGAUAUGGAGGAAAUAGAGAGGCAUCCAAGGAGAACGAAGUCACCGGAAGUGGGAAAGAUUAAGACGAAGAGAACAGUGUCGAAGAAGACCAGCAGUGGUGAUCUUGAUGUUGCAACAAGACACGUAAUCGAGAAGCCUCCGAGGGAAAAGAAAUCGAGUAGACAAAAGCUCGAGGAAGACGUUCAAGUGAAACCGGAGAGGAGACGAUCCAGAUUGUACAGUCAAACUGACGACACCGACGAGGAUCGUAAAAUAAAGAAAAGCGAGUCGUUCCCUCGGCAGGGAACGGAAAUGAUCAUGAAGAGAUCCAGCUCGGACGCGAAGAAACAGAUAAUCCCUUUGAGCAACGACAGCCUCAUACAAGACUUUGCCAAGGCUCAAGAAGAGUAUUUGAAAAGAGAACAAAGUAUCCUUGAUCCUGAUACCCCAGACGUGUUCGAAGAUGCUCAAGAAACGAUACUGAGAAGAAGGAAAUUCAGCACGCCGCUCACAGAAAGCGAGGAAAUUGCUAUCGAGAAGUCGAUCGAAAAAUUGAAAGAAUCCGAGAACAAGAGGAAGAGGUCCUCCUGGUUCUCCUGGCUUCCUUUCUUCGGUAAGAAAAUAGAAGAAAAAGAACCAGAGAAUAAGAGGGAUGAAAGAGAACCAAAGAAGAUUUCGGAUAUCGAAGAGACGUCGAAGAAAGUACAGACGAAAUUCAAGAAAUUAAUUACGGACCAACCAACGAAAGUCACUUUGAUGGACUUUCUGAGGGCACUGAAGGAUGUAGUUGCCGAGUUUAAAGCAUUCGUGGAGCAAAAUCCCAAGGAGACACAAAUUGUGAGGAGAUUGAGGAAUCGUUGCUUGUCAGAGUUGAUGUUGGUGAUGAUCUAUUGCGGUUUGGGCGCGUUCGUCUUCCGAUUCACCGAGGGGGCAUUCGAGACCUUUUACAAAUGCGGUGUGAAACGAGUGAAACGUGACUUCUUGGACACUUUGUGGAACUACAGUCACAAUUUGAAGGAGGAUGACUGGAAGAGCAUGGCUCGGCGGAAGUUGAUGGAGUUUGAGGAGCAAUUGCACACGGCCCACGAGGCGGGAGUUCACACGUACAGCGGGCAAAGAAGUUGGAGCUUUUUGAACGCCGUUGUUUACUGUCUGACCGUCAUAACCACCAUCGGAUACGGCCACAUUUCACCCAGUACCAACACCGGAAGAGCAAUCACAAUAGUUUACGCUAUCUUCGGGAUUCCGAUGUUUCUGAUAAUACUGGCUGAUUUUGGCAAAUUAUUCACACGUGGUAUCAAGUUCCUUUGGGCGUUCGUGAGAAGGCUCUACUAUACCGGAAGUUGCCGGAAAGUUCGUCGAACUGUACCUGUCCAAGAGGUAAUGAAAGGCGUGCAAUUGGUGUACGAUCUAGCAACGUUUAAAAGGCCCUCGCAGAUUAAUCCAGAGGACAUUGAAGAAAUGCAGAAACAGGCACAACAAUCUCAAACUGUUCUCAACUUAGAUGGAAACGUGCCUGAUACGCCUGAAACACCGGCAAUGUCAGCGUUUGCUGUCGACGACGAGUUCAAUUUGCCGAUCUCUGUUGCCAUCUUUAUCCUUGUCGUUUACAUCUUCAUCGGCGCGGCUAUAUUCUGGUGGUCAGAAGAAUGGGGUUUCUUCGAGAGCUUCUAUUUUGUCUUCAUCUCCAUGAGUACUAUAGGUUUCGGCGAUUACGUGCCACAGAUGGUAAGCUUUGAAAAUCAAAAAGGUCAUCAUCAACAAAUAGACAAACUAAAAAAAGAUACAUAUAAUGCGAAAAAUCGUACAACACCGUAUAUACAUUAUUCUCAUCCCGUGUACAUGAUGGGUUCGAUAAUAUACCUGGUGUUCGGCCUGGCCCUCACGUCUAUGUGCAUCAAUGUUGUACAGGUGAUGUUAUCAGAUUCAUUCAGACAGGCAAGUCAGAAGAUUGGCGCGACGAUUGGCUUUGAAGUCGCUGAAGAGGAUCGAUCAGUGAAUCCAGUGAUUCCUCCACCUGUUGAAAUAGCUGAUGUUCAUGUUUCCGUCAAAGAGUCCGAUAGCGGCGAGAGAAUCGCACCCAAAGCCAAACAAGAAGACAUGGACUUAUAGAAAUUUUCUAAAAAAAAUUUUUAAAAA